AUGCUCGCUCCAAGCGAGGCAUCCUCGCUUCAACUCAAGAUAGCUGAAUUGGUUUUAGACCAUACCAUUGAUCUUCCCCUCCUCAAGUUUCUCAGUCGCUUCUUAACUCGCUCUUCGUACGAUGAGCUUGUGGAAGAGCGCAACAUCGAGCAUCAAUGUGGGUAUCCAGUGUGCAAUCAAUCCCCACAACAUAAAGUUCGCCGUCUCUCCCACGGGAGCAACGGCUCAUGUAUGGAAACCUCAACAAGGUACCAGAUCUGGAAUCGAAAACCACUGAUGAUACUUCCCAACACAUACUUAUCACAGUACUGUUGCAAAGACCACUACCAGGCUCUGAUGUUCUAUCGCAACCAACUUUCCCAAGAGGCCGUGUUUUCUCGCAAAGAUAUCACUGUUGUUCCUCCAUUCGCUACCAUUGAUGGCCAGUGGUACGAGAACAACAUCACAUGCCUAGAAGAAGUGCUUGCCAAACACAGGGAGCUCAAAGAGCAAGGUAAGACGCUCACUGAUGUAAUUGCCAUGAUGAGCGGAUUAUCCGUCACAGACGGUAACGAUAAGGAAACUUCGGAAUUAGCUAAGCUCAUCGAAGACUUUGACAUCGUUGAGCACGAAGGCGGAGCUAACAGCAAAGACGUACCCCAAGAGCCCGACAGAGAAGCAGCUGCUAGGGGCAUCGACGGGUACAUCACCAACGGACAUAGCUUAGGUGGCUACAUGGUGUAA